AUGUGGAUGGAAGGUGGUACUGCUUCUUCCACCCACCCUGCGCCAUCUCCCCAAAAAGCAUCUGCUACGCUAAGAGCCAUCCGUCACAUGGCCUCUGAAGCAUACAACCUCAAGCCCUGGCAGCUAGUCCCAUUCCCCUCCGCACUGCACAAAAAUCUGAAUUUCGUAUACCUGAUCGACAAGGACCGAGGACUGUUGACGGUCACGCAAUGGAAAACAACCGACGGUGUACGAACCCGCCUAAUUCGCCAGGUCGAGCUUGUGGAAAUCUACGUUCCUUCGAUCCGCACGCACUGA